CCGCAUUUAUUACUUACCGCAUGUAUAAUCUCCGGGACAGUGUAAAUCCCACGACAGGAGUUUCAUCUGUUUACAGAAGUUUGACUUGAUUUACAGUAUCAUUAUUAUAACUUUAACCUUGCUGGACUACAAUGAAGAACACGCGAGCGGAGAAACACUGGAGCUUUGUGAGUGUGUUGCUGCUCUGCUUUCUGAGCGCUUCAGUUUCAGGCUCUUUCCCUAAGGCUCAGAACGUCACUUGGCUUUCUUUCAAUUUCAAGACGUUAUUAACGUGGAGCCCGAAACCCACAAACUAUUCCUACACUGUGGAAUUCUCAAAACUUGGUGAGGACAAUCAAAGGACCCCUCAUUGCAUUCAGAUGAGUGAAACCGAAUGCGAUCUCACAGCUGAACUCACAGAUCUGAAAAGCAAGUACGGAGCAGACGUUCUGUCAGAACCUUUGCGUAACAUGUCCUCUGAGCUCGUUGAGUUCCCCCGCACAGCAUCUGAUCAGUUCUGCCCCUAUCAAGACACCGUCAUCGGCAGUCCUAAAUUUAAGAUUGAGGUAAGCAAGGACGAACGGAAGACAACCCUCUACGUAGAAGAUAUCCCAACAGCGGUCCUUGAUGCACAGAAGCAGACGCGAACAAUUCAGGAUAUCUUUAAAAAUGAUUUGCACUACAGGAUCACUUACAAUAAAGCCAAGAGCUCUGGAAAGAAAGUGAAGAUAAGUACGAGCAGUCAGAUAGAGCUGACUGAUCUGGACAGAGGAGAGAGUUACUGCUUCACUGUGCAAGUCGUCAUUCCCUCCCGGAGCACUAACAAACAGCUUGGAGAGUCUAGUCAGGUUCAGUGCUCUCCAGCAGGGGACGUGUCUUUUUUUAAUGAUUAUAGCACUGCAGUGAUUGCUGGAGGUAUCCUGACCAUCAUUGUCAUAAUAUCAGCGGUGACUGCUGUCAUAGUUAUUUGCUGCAAACGACAACAGGAAGCAAAGAAUAGAGGAAAAGAGGGAGUACCUUUAAAGAGUGUGUGAUAACUUUUCUGAACACAGAAACUCACACUCAUGGGAGCACAUGGUACAAAACUGGACUCACCCUUUCAAAGCAUCCUUGUUGCAACAUUACAGUGUAAACUACUGUAAUUAAUUUAGUUUCUGUGAAACUAAGCAAGGUAGACAUUGCACAUAGGAUUUACUAUCUAACAGAUGUCUGAAGAUGUUCUGGCUAUUUUUUCCAUCUGUACGUUCAACACUGGGAUUUUCUAAUGUUUUUUUAUGUUUCAUAAACACUACCUUUUUGUAACAACAGUACUACUUUUAUGAUAGAUAUUUUAUUUUUCUAGUUUUAUAAAAGUUAUAUGUAUAUUAGUUUAUAGUAAAAUCAUAUUUAUUGUUUUGCAAUUUGCUGAUUUAAUAGAUGAAAAACUUAACAUACAAUUUUAAAAAUGGAGAGCACUACAUUACAUUACAUACAUACAUACAUACAUACAUGUUUAGCUAGACACCUGGAGAAAAUAUCCAUGGACACAAAACAGCCACAAGUUUAUAGAAAUGUGAAUUCUAUGGAAAAAGGUACAAAACUUCAAAUACAUUCUCUAAGUUCAUGUA